CAGCAUCCAACUUUGAAGAACAGAGAGCAUUGAAUGUCGUCGUCGCCGAGAGUGUGAUGCUUCUAUUUGUUUGAUGGCAUCCUCAAAUCAACAUUGCUCGCCUCACCAAAGUUAACAGCAUGUCCGGUUGAUUACACGAGUAUGGACCAUUUCUAAGGUUCUGCCAUGGCCAGUGGAGGAGGGUCGGUGCCCACGCCUACGCCUCAAUUCCCUACACAUAAUGCGCCCCGAGUGUGGUUGAUUACCGCGGGGGAUUCUCCCGUCGGCAUUUCAUUGUCACGCCAGAUCCUCGAUCAUGGCGACUACGUCGUGUCUGGAAUCAAUCAAUCCGAAUUUGAGAGCGACAGCCCCCGGAGUCAGCAGUUCAAACGAUUCUUGUCCGAGGUUGUACGGGAGAAUGGGUGGAAGGAUCGCAUGAAGAUCAUCCCACUCGACAUCAGAAUCGUUUAUCAAUGUCAAGCAGCAGUGGCCGAGGCCGUGCAUACAUUCAAAAAGAUCGACAUCUUGUUGUGUUGUACAAGUGAGGCGGUGGUGGGCACGGUCGAGGAGCUCUCCACUAGUCAGCAAACAUUGUCACUUGUGCGCGCCCAAUUCGAGAAGAACUUCUUCGGGCCCCUGAAUAUCAUCAAGGCCGUCAUCCCGGAGAUGCGAUCCAAGAUGAACGGCCAUAUAAUAGUGCUCACAGGCAUCCACGGCCAUCUGGGAACUCCCGGGUUGAGCAUGUACUGUUCCGCGGGCUGGGCGCUGGAAGGCAUAUGCGACAGCAUGGCGUAUGAAAUUGCUCCUUUCAACAUCAAGCUGACCAUUGUCCAGUCCAGCGUGGAAAUUGGCAUCCUGACCAACAAAAUCACCUCGGCGCCGCCCAUGAAGGAAUACGCCCGCGAAUCGGGCCAUACGGCCCCCAUGUUUCGUGGGAUUCUGGAUGGUCUGCUCAACCGACUACCUGGCAUACGCGCACAGUACCCGCAAUCACCAGGGCAUGAAAUACACACCCCGUCUUCCGAGGCUGAAAGGGAGAGCGGGCCCUAUCUGCUAAGCCGCAAUGAAGUGGUCAGCCUCUAUCCUCCUCUCAGUGAUGCCCACACGGAGAAGUUGCUCGCCGAAACCGUCCAUGCCCUUACGGCGAUAGGCGGCCAUGAAAAUCCACCAGCAAGGCACAUUGUCGGGUGGGAGGGAGUUGCUAGCGUCAAGGAGAAGCUGAAGACUGUGAGUGAAGAGCUCGAGGAGUUUGCAGAAACCAGCGCAUCGGCCGAUAUUGCGAAGCAGGGUCCAAGUGCGGGACGGCCCUCAAAUCUUGCCAAUGUUGAGAUAGGAGAUGUCGAAACCGAUGUCUUUGAUGCAUCCCUAGGUCUACGCUUUGGGUAGUAUGUCCAGAUGCAAUGUAACGUCAUGGCUUUUCAAUGUC